GUAUAGAAAAUAACAAAGUUACUGCCUUCUGAGAAGUGAAUCUCUAAGAAUGGACAGGCUGAUGAGAUCCAGGGGCAGGUGAAGGAAGUGCAUGACUUUUGUGCUGUCAUGUCAAGAUGUAAUCUUCUGGAUUUAAAUCCAUCUCCACCCUUUUACAGUUGUUACUCCUGGCAACAGAUAUUCCAGCAAUCUGAAAACUUGGCACUUCUCAAACCAAUACAGACCUUUUUCUCUUCAUGGCUGAACAGAUGAAACGUUCAUAAAACUGCCACUGUGGUAGCUCCAGAAGCUACUUUUAUGCAGGAUGUCAGCCUUUGAGUGUUAAUGGUUACAUGUGGAGUCCCACGUUGGCCAAGGUGCCAACUGGAAAAUGGAUGACGAUGAUUUUGGAGGCUUUGAGGCAGCAGUGACCUUUGAAGGUGAAGAUGGUGAAACGCAAACUAUUUCUCCUGCUAUUCCUUGGGCAGCAUUUCCUGCAGUGUCUGAAGUCCAUGUACCACAAAAUAUUUCUUCAGAUGUUCUACUGGAGCGUUCUCUGCCUUCUGCUUGCCUUGUCCCUUCUGAUUCAUUCAUCUUAUCAGGUGAUGAUGUACUGACAGCUGUUCAAACAUCUGAAAGUAUUUUAAACCCAGCUGUUCUUAAAGAACAGGUUCAGUUAUCAGCCAAUUCUUCCUUGGAUAUCUCAAUUCCUUCUUUGAGUUUAACAGAAGGAAAGCCUUCAGAAAAAUUAAAUGUGGGUGACUCUGAGAAGCAGGUGAUAAAUGGAUCAAAGAAGUAUCUUCAACUAACAGUUGCAAGUCUAGAGAUUAAACUCAAAGAUGCUGAAGAAGAAAGAUAUAGAAUUAAAAAGGAGUUAGAAGAUUUGAUGGAAAAGCAUAGUAUCCUACAAACAGAUUUCUUGAAAGAAAAGGAAGGUGAAUUCAUCUCACACCAAGAUCGCUACAAAAAGUUGCAGGAGAAACACAAGCUUGAGUUAGAAGACAUGAGGAAAGCUGGACAUGAAGCCCUAACUAUUAUUGUGGAAGAAUUUAAGGCACUACUGCAGUCUACAGUUCAGAAGCAAGAAGAAGCCAUUGAAAAACAGUAUGUAGCUGCAAUUGAAAAACACUCAUACAAGUGUGAGGAACUGCUGAAUGCUCAGCAUCAGAAACUUCUUGAUAUGCUGGAUACAGAGAAAGAAGUGUUAACACAAAAAGUAGAAGAAGCUUUGAUGCAACAAUCACAGAAACAUAAGGAAGCACUGGAAAAAUGUUUGGGGGAACAACAGAAUAGAAGUAAAGAGGCUUUGGCAGCUGCUGCUAAGAUUGAAAAAGAAGUAAUGCAAGAGGCCAUUUUAAAAGCAGUUGAAAAGGAAAGGAGAAACAUGGAGAAAAUUCAUGCAGAAGAAAGAGAAAUAUGGCAGGCCGAAUGUGCCAAAGACAAAGAAAAGAUUGCUCAGGCUGUUCAGGAGGCUGUCCAAGAGCAAAGAAAAACCAGUCAAGAAGUUGUUAAGGCAGCAAUAAUGGAAGAACAAAAACGAAGUGAAAAGGCUGUGGAAGAAGCUGUGAAAAAAACAAGAGAGGAAUUGAUGGAAUAUAUCAAAGAACAGAAGAGGAGUUCUCAUGAUAUUUCCCUGUUCUACAUGAAGAGACUCAAGGGCUCCAUUUCCAUCUCAUUUGCAGGUGUAUUUUCCCACAUCUUUUUCAAAAAUAGUUAUUUUUUCACAGAUCUUCAUUUCCAUCUGGAAAAUACAAAAAGCAAUAAAAAAAUCAGACCGUUCCUCCAUCCAGUCAAAACUUCAAGAUGAUGACUUGGCUGUUUAGAAGAAGAUAUUUAAAAUAAUAACUUUCCCCCGUAGUCAUAAGCACCAUCUCAGCUACCUGAAUGGAUUCCAAAAAUUCUGUUCACUACAUCUGUGCAAAAGAUCUGCUACAGUACUUUUGCAAGAAGUAAACACUAUGUAAUUCUCAUCAGCCAUCAUAGUGUUGUGCUCAUUCAGAACUAAAAUCUUUUUUUUACACUGAGGUUUACAAGUAAAUAGUGUAAGAAUCCAUAUAGUAUCAGCAAUUUUCCCACUUCACAAAAAACAGAAUAUUAAUCAACUAACUACAUCCUUUACAAAAGGCUCAAAAGAUGUUGACCCAAUAGUAAACCAUUGUCAGUUUAGUAUUUGUUGCUUGUGUUAACAUUUACUGUGCACUCGCUAUGAACAGUGAAGACAUCAAACUUAAAAUCUACCCUGAGAAAACAGCCUGUUAGCCAUAACAUUUGCAAAAGUCUGUGUACUCCAAACAUCAUUUAUUACUCUUCCUUUCUUCACAUUUUUAAGAUCUAAACUGCCUUCUGAACUUUAUUUUCCAUAAGUCAUUUAAAAGUUUCAUGUGAAAAGUAUUAUUACAUUUUUAUUUGGAAGCUAGUCACUGCAAAAUGGACAUCAUAAAAAGAUAUUUAGAAUAAAGAGAAGGUUUUGGUAAACUAACAUCCCUUGAAUGUUUUUGUCUGGCAAAUCUAGAGCAGCUCAUCUCCAUUUCUUUCCUUGAUAGAUGGAUUUCCAUUUGCAUAAGAAGAAUGGAUUUCCCCCCCCCCCCAAAAUGUAUAGACAUAGUUGCUUCAUGGAGACCUCUUCCCAUUGUUUUAUUGUCUUACUACUAUAAAGCUAUCUCACCUCUUGUGAGACUUACAGUAUAAAAUUCAUAUUAAAAUCUUGGCCCAAAUUCUCCCUUAUGUAUACAUUGUUUGUCCCCAUUUAAGACAAUGAGAUUGCAAAGGCUGUAAAUCAGGGCAUAAUUGUUUUUCUGUCUUUUCUUGUCCUUUUUGCAUUCUUCUACUUAUUUUCAGUUUCUUUGUUUGCUAGAUCUUCCUAGGAUCCCAGGUGAUUGAGAUAAAUGGAGAGUCUUCUUAUCUUCCCUUUGUCAGUGUACUCCUUCCUUCCAUCAAAAAACAUGCUUUCCUUGUAUUUUUCAGUGCUUGAGAAAGUAGUCUAUUGUAGAACAGAAACAAAGAAAGUUAAUUCAUCCAUCCAUCAUUAUUACAAAAAAUCGAAAAUCAUUUUGUUGAAAUAUUUUUGACUUUAGGUUAUCACUGAUAUUUAAUUAUAUGUACUCUGAACACAGUUAUGAACAACGGGUUCUCUUGUGCAUUUUAGGAAUUAUUCAGCCUGAUAUAUUGUCAGUUUACAUUAGUUGUGAUGCAACUAUAGCUGAUAAUGAUGCAUUAGUAAUUGUGUUACCAUGUAUAUAUAAUGUACCAUAGAGAAUGCAGUCAUUUUAAGUGCAUAAAAGAUAUACACAUAGUUUAUAGAUGGUAAUGCGCAUUUUGUAUAUAAUUUCACAUCAUAUUACAUUUAGAUGAAAAAAGAAGAAAUCAUGAGAGAUGCCAUUUAUUAUAUAAACUAAAAGUAGCUGGACAAUAGUGUCUCUGAAUCAAAGCAGAGUUUUAAGUAUAAGACAAGAAAAUUCAAAUGCGUCUAAUCCUUGAAAUACUUAUGAAGGAGACAAUGAAAAUUAUAUCCUUGACAGAAUCAAUCUUUCCUUCAAUUUAUCUUGUAAGAGGAGUUUCCUCUUCAUUCCAUAAUGAAUUCCAGUCUUGAAUGUUAAAAUGCUGAAUAUAAGUGGGUUUUUUGUUUUACUUAUUGAUCAGUUGCCUCACAUGCCUGUACAGAAAGGAUACAGCUAAGGAGAGCUAGCUAUUCCUGGUACAAGAUUUAUGAAGUCUGUCUGCAUUGCCAUUCAAAUUGGAAAAUGUGUGUAACCCCAAAUCAUUUGGCAAAAGUAGCUUUUGAGAUGGCUAUAUCAGAGGCAGUGCGAACGGAUCUCUGGUCAAAGCUGGAGCAACUGUCAGAAUGAGAAAUAUAAACUAUACUUAAUGGCAAUAACUUUGGGAGGGAUUCUGAGAAGGACCCUCAGAGAAAGCACAGGUUUUACUUACAUUUACUGGCUGAAGUUCAGAGAGAUCAUAUUCCCAUUUUUCUUUGAAUAUCAGAGGAAGAUCCGGUUCCACCCACGAAUGGGUAGCAUACACUGUGUAAGAGUAUACUUCCUUUCUAUUUAAAAAAAUGUUUAAAGUCCUUCGAAGCAGGGGACGUGGGCAGAGCAGUAUUUCCACUUGGUUGGCAAUGAUUAAGUGCUUUAGGAAAAGAUCCAUAAACAGAAUCUUGUUCAGAAGCAUCAGUUUAUUUUGAAAUUGUAUAAAAUACAUUUCUUUCCUUGCAAUAAAUGUUCUGUAUAACCAAUGUUCAAAGUAAUUUAUAACUCACUGCUGGACGUACUAAUUAAAUGAUUUUUUUUA